AUGUUCUCCAACAUUCUCACCACUAUCGUGGCGGCGGCCGCGGUGUUUGGUCAGCUUGGCCAAGCUCAAACCACGCCAGCUGACGAGAAAUGGGCCGCCGCGUAUGAAAAGGCCAACACGGCGCUCGCGCGUCUGAACCAGGGCGAGAAGAUUGGCCUCGUGACCGGCGUAGGCUGGGGCAAGGGUGCUUGCGUCGGCAACACCGGCUCCGCGCCGGGCAUCAACUACCCUUCGCUCUGCCUGCAGGACGGCCCCCUCGGCCUCCGCCACGCCAAGAGCGUCACGGCUUUUGCUCCCUCCAUCCAGGCCGCCUCGACGUGGGACGUCGAGCUGAUCCGCCAGCGCGGCCAGUACAUGGGCGAAGAGGCGCGGGCGUUCGGCCCGGACCCGUACCUGACUGGUAUCGCGUCCAUGGAGACGAUUGAGGGCAUCCAGGGCGCCGGCGUGCAGGCGUGCGCCAAGCACUACAUCCUCAACGAGCAAGAGAAGAACCGCGAGACGAUGAGCUCCAACGUGGACGACCGCACCAUGCACGAGCUGUACCUCUGGCCGUUCGCCGACUGCGUCAAGGCCAACGUCGCGUCGGCCAUGUGCUCGUACAACAAGGUCAACGGCACCUGGGCGUGCGAGUCCGAGGGCAUCAUGAACAAGCUGCUCAAGGAGGAGCUCGCGUUCCCCGGCUACGUCGUGUCCGACUGGAACGCGCAGCACAGCACCGCCCAGGCCGCCAACACCGGCAUGGACAUGACCAUGCCCGGCAGCGACUACGACGGCAACAACGUCCUCUGGGGCCCCCAGCUCCAGGGCGCCCUCGGCCAGAACCAGGUCUCGGGCGCGCGCCUCGACGACAUGGUCCGCCGCAUCCUCGCCGCCUGGUACUACACCGGCCAGGACACCGGCUUCCCCGCCGUCAACCUCAACGCCAACGUGCAGGGCAACCACAAGGAGAACGCCCGCGCGGUCGCGCGUGACGGCAUCGUCCUCCUCAAGAACGACGACAACCUCCUGCCCCUCAAGAAGCCCGCCAAGAUCGCCGUCAUUGGCUCGUCCACCGUCGUCAACCCCGACGGCCUCAACGCGUGCCCCGACCGCGGAUGCAACAAGGGCGCCCUCGCCAUGGGCUGGGGCUCCGGCACCGUCGACUUGACCUACCUCGUCUCGCACAGCCCGUCGGACGACGGUGGCGCGGGUGCCCAGGCUGCCCAGGGCGCUGAUAUCGCCUUUGUCUUCGUCACCUCGGACUCUGGCGAGGGCUACAUCGAGGUCGACGGCCACGGUGGGGACAGGAACCAUCUCGACCCGUGGCACGACGGUAACCGCCUCGUCCAGCAGGUCGCCGCCGCCAACCCCAACACCAUCGUCGUCGUCCACUCCGUCGGCCCUAUCCUCCUCGAGUCCAUCCUCCAAAACACCGGCGUCAAGGGUAUCGUGUGGGCGGGUCUUCCCGGACAGGAGAACGGCAACGCUCUCGUCGACGUGCUCUUUGGCGACACUAACCCCAACGGAAAGCUCCCCUACACCAUUGGCAAGCGCGCCGAGGAUUGGGGCGCGGCUAUCGUUGACGGCGACGACAACUUCAGGGAGGGUCUCUACAUCGACUACCGCCACUUCGACAAGGAGGCGAUUGAGCCUCGCUACGAGUUUGGUUUUGGUCUUUCGUACACCACCUACGAAUAUUCCGACAUUACUGUGGACUCUUCCGCCACCUCCGGUCCCGCGACCGGCACCCGCAAGCCCGGUGGCCGCGAGGAUCUCUUCGAGACCGUCGCCACCGUGACCGCCACCAUUACCAACUCGGGCGAGGUCGACGGCGCCGAGAUUGCCCAGCUCUACGUGAGCUACCCUGAGUCCGCGCCCGAGACCCCGCCCCGCCAGCUCCGCGGCUUCCAGAAGCUCAAGCUCGCCGCCGGCGCGUCCGACACCGCCACCUUCAACAUCCGCAGGAGGGACAUUAGCUACUGGGACGUUGGUGCGCAGGAGUGGAUUGUUCCCGCUGGCGAGUUCAAGAUUUCCGUCGGCGCGUCGAGCAGGGAUCUUAAGCUCGAUGGUACUUUUACCGUUGCGUAA